UGUCAGUUAUGCAACAGAGUGAGAAGAGUCAUUGAGACAACGCUGUGUUCUGACGCGUAAAGAAGGAAAUCAGACACAGUCACAUGGACGGAUUUGGUUUUUCUCUGAAUUGUUGUUCCUCUCUGUGACCUUCGAUGUGCUUCCUUCCGUGUUUGAUAACAGCAAGUUGCUGUAAUGCUCAACAAAAUGAUGAUAUUGAUCCAUUUUGGAUGAACCGAUGAGCUCUGACAUCUAAAAUUGGGCAUUUCAUAUUUAAUUAAGCUUAUCAAAAGUAGUAAAGAAAUCAUGGAGCUCAAUAGGGCAGUACUACUAGUUUCCAAGCAAACGUAACACGUCCCCUUUCAAUACAUUUUGUAGCGUAUUGAAUGCAUGAACAUUUAUUUUUUUACUGCUUUAAAAUAAACGACCCCGAUUGUACCAAUUGCUCUUGUGAAAGGGAUGCCUGGAGUGCGAAACAAAGAUGAUGCUGUGAGUAGGGAAAAAAUGAUGGGUGGACUCAUGCCCUGUCGAUUACAUAAUCUCAAUCAUGGACUAAUGAGACGAGGCCAAAGUAGGCCAGCUACUAUUUAGCCUUCAAUGCCACUUCACAAUAAGUAAAUGUUCAAGCGUUAACACUGUGACAGAAGUGAAUGCACUCAUCUGAGCGCAAAUUUAGGAUUUCUUUCAAUGAUGAAAACACAUGACACGGGCCCGAACAAGGUGAUGGCCUGCUUUGUUUGGCUAUUUGUGUUCCGUUGUAAACAGUGUCAACAAAGUACUAGCUUUGCUGGAAACAUUACAUAACUGUGAUUAUUGGAAAGGCUGGUUAUGUAACGACACGGAGAUGAGUAAGUGGGUGCAGACAUUCGCAAAUUAAUAAUACAAUUGAUACUGGAUACUAUUUCGGCUAUGUGAUUACUAAAGGAAAUUGAAAUGAAUGUGUUAUGCAAUAGUCCAAUUUAAAUAUUGCAUGACAAAAUGUGAGCUAACAGUUUGCAAAAGCUAUCAUUCAAUCGAAAUAUACUUGUAUGCAGGUUUAAUCUUUGUAAUUUGAGUUGCCAUAAAUGGUACACAGGAUCUCAUUUUGUGCUUCUUCACUGAGAAUGUAGCGUAAUCAACCACAGUCCUCUGUUGGAGUAUAAAAUUGCUAGUGGCUGUAUGAAUUCUCAAUACCAUUAAAUGGAAAUAGAGGACCCUAAAAUAUAAUUUUGUUUCCUGCUUCAUCUGAAACAACACGUCCCGUUUCCAAACUGUACAUUACGACACUCGCUUUGCUUUCUGGCCACGGUUGCUAUGUUUCACUUCCUGGUCACGGUUGCUAAGGUAGCUUGUUGCUUCUGCGCUCCUCGCGACCCCACACGAGCAAGCUAAUAGCAGAAAACAUCAUCGUAUUAAUUUUUUUUUGUGGGGUGUUGAAACAAUGUCUUUUGUUUCGCGCAACCAGAAAGGCACAAACGGAACGUACACGUUCUCCAGUCGCCCCAGGCCUGUUGAAAACCGCUCCAAAUACAGAGAAAAGCAGACCGAAAAGGCAGAAAAGGCGCACAGCACUUAUGGAAACAUCAUGUAUGAUCGUCGUGUCAUUAGGGGAAACACUUACGCCCAACGCUUUCUAUCAACUAUGGUGCAGGAAGACCUCGCUGAAAUGCAAAGACAGCAAGAGUUGAGGAGGAGAGCCAUAGCUCAGAAAAACAAGACUAAGGAGCAACUACGAUCGUCCACCCCGGAGGCCGUCCAAGGCAGAAAACACAAUGUUGUCCAAACAGAGCUUUAUCUGGAAGAGUUGAGCUACAACAUUGAGCUUUCACAUAUCGAAUGCCAGACUGAUCCACUCCUGGACAGACCUGCAACACCGCUUUUUAUACCCGCCAAAUCUGGCAAAGAUGUUGCAACACAAAUAGAGGACGGGGAGUUGUUCGACUUUGACAGAGAGGUGCAGCCCUUGCUGGAGGUCCUGAUAGGCAAGACCAUUGAGCAGUCUCUGCUGGAGGUGAUGGAGGAGGAGGAGCUGGCCUGUCUAAGGGCACAGCAGAGGGCCUUCCAGGAGCUCCGCAACGCCGAGUUGGCUGAAGUGCAGCGGCUGCAGGAGCAGGAGAGACGCCACAGGGAGGAAAAGGAGCGCCGUAUUGCGCAACAGAGGGAAGCACUGAGGAUGGAAAAAGAGACUGUGGAGAAGAUCGCAGCGCGGGCCUACACCCAGCAGUACUUGGCUGACCUUGUCCCAACCGUUUUUCAGUCCCUCAGGAUCCACGGCUUCUUUUAUGACCCCGUGGAGAAAGAUAUCGAGACAAACUUCUUUCCUUGGCUGAUGGCUGAGGUGAACAGCAAAUUAGAAAAGAGAAAUGCUGCAAGGCAGCUCUUGGACACACUCAUUCAUGAUGUGGCCCAGAAAAAACUGCCACUCUAUACAAACUUGGAAACGCGGCCAGAGAAGUAGAGGCUUAUAUUUUAAAAACGGACUGAACUAUUCUCACACAUUUCUUUGUGUUUUGUUCAAAGUGCACUUUGAUUUUGUUUGUAAUUACUAAUAGUAAACAGACAAUUUGUCUCAGGCA